CUUUUUUCUUCCCUUUUUUCCCAUUUUUUUUAGAUAAAAAUUAUGGGUUCUUAGCCCAGUCUAUGAUACUUCUGCUGCAUUUCUUGUUUUUGCUGCUGCUAAUUUUUCUUGAUUUUGCUUAAAUUGAGGCGCAGAACCAGUUUGUGUUUACUGUAUGACUUCUGGGUUUUUGCCCUUUUCCUUGAUUUCGUUUGAUCUGUACGGAAAAUACUAUCAGAAAAAUGGAGUCAGCUGGAAACAAAUGGAUGGCCUUUGUAUCUGAUUCUGACAAAGAGAAAGCAAAGAUAGACGGCGAACAAAAAGGGAUUUCUUCCGAGGCAAGCAUAGUCGAGAGGACUGCCGAGUGGGGCCUCAUGGUCCGUACAGAUGUCGAAAGCGGGAGCUUCCAUGCCAUAACCGAAAAGAAAUCAUCAUUCGAGAGAUUUUCUGGCGAUGGGUCCACGAGAUUAUCCGAGGAGUCGAGCAGCAGCCGGAAUGACUUGCCGAGAGUGUCUCAGGAGAUUAAGGAUGCAUUAGCCACACUCCAACAGACAUUCGUAGUCUCGGAUGCAACAAAGCCCGAUUGCCCGAUUGUGUAUGCAAGCAGCGGCUUCUUCACGAUGACGGGUUAUUCGUCUAAGGAGGUUAUUGGGAAGAAUUGCCGUUUCUUGCAGGGGCCGAAUACGGAUCAGAAUGAGGUGGAUAAAAUAAGAAAAGCGACGAGGACUGGGACAAGCUAUUGUGGGAGGCUACUGAACUAUAAGAAGGAUGGCACGCCUUUCUGGAAUCUUCUCACUGUCACCCCUAUCAAAGAUGAUAAAGGCAGAACCAUUAAAUUUAUUGGAAUGCAGGUCGAAGUCAGCAAGUACACAGAAGGAGUGAAUGAUAAAGCAUUAAGACCAAAUGGAUUGCCCAAGUCAUUAAUUCGUUAUGAUGCUCGUCAAAAGGAAAAGGCUUUAGGUUCCAUCAUAGAGGUUGUACAAACCCUCAAGGAUCCAAAGUCCCACAUUAGGUCUCAUAGUCAUGAUAUCAAGUCAAAAACUGAAUACGAGAAGAUGAACUUGGAUUACAUGCCCGUGAGACGAGCCUCUGAGUUGGACCCAAGAAGUAUCUUAACUCGUUCAGUUUCUCGUCAAGACUCGAGCAACAAAAGCAGAAAGUCCGCCGGAUCCAUGUCAUUAAUGGGGUUCUCAAAAAGGUCGUCAACUGGUGCAGGUUUCAAUGGAAAUCAACAAGCUAUUGAGCCAGAAAUAUUGAUGACGAAUGAAGUACAACGUACGGAUAGUUUGGAACGAGCUGAAAGAGAGAGGGAUAUACGCCAAGGCUUUGACCUGGCAACAACUUUAGAACGCAUUGAGAAGAAUUUUGUGAUAACAGAUCCUAGACUCCCUGAUAACCCUAUUAUAUUUGCAUCAGAUAGCUUUCUCGAACUAACGGAAUAUACACGCGAAGAAAUUUUGGGAAGAAAUUGCAGGUUUCUUCAGGGGCCAGAAACCGAUCAAUCAACUGUGUCAAAAAUAAGGGAUGCCAUCAGGGAGCAAACAGAGAUUACAGUUCAAUUGAUUAAUUAUACAAAGAGUGGGAAGAAAUUCUGGAAUUUAUUUCACUUGCAACCUAUGCGUGAUCAGAAGGGUGAACUCCAAUACUUCAUUGGUGUCCAACUAGAUGGAAGUGAUCAUAUCGAACCACUUAGGAACAGACUCUCGGAGAGAGCUGAGCAACAGAGCGCGAAGUUGGUCAAAGCUACAGCAGAAAAUGUUGAUGAGGCUGUUCGAGAACUUCCUGAUGCCAACUUGAGACCUGAAGACCUGUGGGCUUUACAUUCUCAACCUGUUUUCCCUAGACCUCACAAGAGGGAUGGUACUGCAUGGGCAGCAAUAAGAAAGAUCACUGAAACAGGUGAGAAGAUUGGAUUGAAUCACUUCAAACCUAUUCGUCCCUUGGGAUGUGGAGAUACUGGCAGUGUCCAUUUGGUUGAACUAAUUGGUGGUGGCCAUCUGUUCGCCAUGAAGGCAAUGGAUAAAUCCAUGAUGCUGAAUCGUAACAAGGUUCAUCGGGCAUGUAUUGAAAGAGAAAUCAUCUCUCUCUUGGAUCAUCCAUUUCUUCCCUCGCUGUACGCCUCUUUUCAGACACCUACACAUGUUUGCUUGAUAACUGAUUUCUGUCCGGGAGGAGAGUUAUUUGCGUUGCUCGACAAACAGCCUUUGAAAAUGUUUAGAGAGGACUCAGCCAGAUUUUAUGCAGCAGAAGUUGUCAUUGGCCUUGAAUAUCUUCAUUGUUUAGGAAUAAUUUAUCGGGACUUGAAACCAGAAAAUAUUCUUCUUCAAAAGGAUGGACAUGUUGUGUUAACGGACUUCGAUCUAUCGUUUAAGACAGCUUGUAGACCUCAAGUGUUAAAGCAACCUCCGUUAAAGAACCGAAAAUCAAAAAGGCAACCACCACCUAUUUUUUUCGCUGAACCAAAUACUCAGUCAAAUUCCUUUGUCGGAACUGAAGAAUAUAUUGCACCGGAAAUUAUUACAGGUGAAGGUCAUAGUAGUGCAAUAGAUUGGUGGGCUCUUGUGAGUCCAAUGGAUGGAAAACCAGGUUACCUGGGCACCAAUGGACUCUGUCCGGCUAGCAUCACGCGCGCUUGUGGGGCCCACGAGGCCCAUUUUUUCCUUGCAGUCUUCAGUGUUCUUGAUCAGCUAUUCUUGGCUCAUUUUUUCACUUAUGAAAACCAGUAA